GCACAUGCUAUGUCUCAGAAGGAUUUUCCCCCCCAAGCUGAACACUGACCUACGCCCUUCUUAAUAGGGAUGAGUGAUUGUUUGGCUAUUGACCUAUGAACAUUUAGUACUUCCUCAUUGAACUUGGCUAUACCUAGUAGAGAUGACCCAGUGCUACAUUCUCGGUUACGACUUGUCCAUGCUGCAAUCAAGCCACCAGAAGAUGGCUAUGCACCGCUCAGACUAAAUACACCACGAGGCAUACCCAAGCAGAAUCACCAAGCAAGAAAAAAUGGAGUCUGACAUAGUUUUCGAUGACUAUUACGCGAUAUUGGGCGUGACUGCGACCGCAGAUGAUCGAGAAAUCCGAACGGCAUACUAUAGACUAGCAAGACACACACACCCAGAUAAAAACUCCAGGCCAGAUGGGAAAGAACAGUUCCAAAAGCUUCAAGCGGCGUACGAGACACUCAGCGACUCCACCAAACGGAAAAUAUACGAUACUGUACGACCAGGCAGCGAAGAGGGACGGUUGCGAUUACGUAUGCUAGAGGAAAUGUAUGCUAAGAUGUCUACCAAGGAUAAUGAGGUCUUGGAAGCGAGGCAGAAGUUGAGCAAUCUAGAAGCUGAGAUUGCUCAGCUCGAAGAAGAAGAGAAACGCCGACGACGCGACUAUGAGGCUACUCUCUCUUCCAAGAAGUCCAGAAAGGCGUUCCUUGCUAUGGAGCUGUGUAUUUGUGAACUUGUUGUCGCCGUCAUGGUGAUGACGAUAGAGUGUCUCAAAAAUCCUCAGAAGAUGGAGGAGGAAUUGAGACGACAGGAGGGGGCUGCGCGACAAGAAAAAGAGGAGGAAACUACGCAACAACAAGAGGAACAGAAUGAAAAUGGAGAAGAUGAACAGCUACCAGGAGUAAGACACGUCGGAACGCAAACGGAGAUGUAAAGGGCUAGAGCAAGAACAACUGAACCAUGUCAAAGAUGUGCUCUGGACGCGGCUAGGAAGCUCCCUGAAGAGUAAGAACGGCCAUGCAAGCAAUUGUCAUUGGGCCCCCAGGAGCUGAUCAAGAAGUUGCUGAAUACUUAUCUCAAGAGAAAUUUACAGGGUAUUGAACGCUGAGAUAAAGUAAUGUUGUGGAGGUGAUGGGCUGGGACUUUGCUAGUCUUUCUGGUGAUGACUUAGGUCUACGAACCAAGCUUUAUGCAAUAAUCAUUAUCAAGACAGCACCCAAUGGGCGCAGUUCUCAC